UUUUUUUACACGGAAAUGAUUUAUGAUAAGCAAUUGUUUUUUUCACCGAAAUGGAGUUAAAAUUAUGGUAAUGUGACAUAUAUGUGCGAAUACGUUAAGUAAAAUUUCUAAAUUUACAAGUAAAAAAAUGCCACUAAAAAAGGAGCGCAGAAGAGGCAAGACUGCUGAAAGUGAAAAGAAAGCGUUAGAGACAAGGGGCACUGUAACAUGUCACCCUAUCACUCCAGGACCUAAAUAUCAAAUUAAAACACUUGUCGGCUAUAAGGAUCAUUGUAUUUCAAGAUAUCGAAAUCCAGCAUUUACAUUCGGUGGUCGUCCUGUCGUCUUCGAAGUGACAGAAAGUCCAGGACCAAAAUAUAUAAUCGAGGAACGUAGACCUAAGGGAUUUACUUUUGGAUAUAGAGUAAAGCGUCGUGAUAUCGUAUUCGGUCCUGGUCCGAAGUAUAUGUUGCCAGAUGUCCCUCGCGGUCCUUUCUUUUCGAUCAAAUGGAGAACUAAAUUGAAGAAAACUAGUGAAACGCCAGGACCUUAUUACAUCAAGCCUAUCGCUAAGGCGCCAGCGUUUUCCAUGGGACUGCGCACAGUUUCGGAGAAACCUGUAAUUAGUGCAGGUCCUUACAGCUCGUACAACUUGGAUGCAGUAAAACCAAGAGCACCAAUGUAUACUAUCGUUACUCGGCGUGCAUUACAUUUGAUUUCCGAAGGCCCAGGUCCGAUAUACGCCAUCCCACAACCCAAACCGACUCCCGCCUUUUCGUUCGGUGUAAAACACAGCGAAUGUGCACCACCUUAUAUAACUAAAUGCGAUGAACAGUGUUAAUAAAGUGCUGAUAAAGAAAGAA